AUGAAAGAUCUGUUGGAGACCGAGCAGGUGUUUUCCUGGGAACCGGUUCAGCGUGUGUUGGACUUUAUCGAGAACAUGACCGGCGUUCAGCCCGAGCACGUGAAGCCGGAAGUGGUCGAUUUGACUCGAAUCCCGGAUACGCAUUUUUGGUGGUUCUACGUUGAAGAUGAAGACGAGGAGGAUGAGGCUGAUGAGGAAAACAAAACGACGGCAACGAAUACGGAGGAGCCUAACAGAAAUCUCAAUCAGAUCAACAAGUUGCUCGAAACUUUGUCCGAUGCAGAGAGCUAUCUGAAAGCACUUCAAGAAGUUCCUUUGAGUCAAGGCAGCCGACAGAUGGGAUUCUCAAAAAUGCAACGUCUUUUGGCGGCCGUGUUGAUUAUUUCAAAAGAGUCAUCGCUGCGAAAACACUUUUUCUUCUUGGUCAACAUUCUCGUCGUGUUCGAAAAAAAAACCUUGCUUCCGCAUGAACUUAUGCGAUUCUCGGCAAACACGCUCUUUUUCCUCAAUAUUCACAUUGAGGUGGGAAAAGCUAUUAAGUUAUUCACUGAUUUUAAUAGAAAAAAUAUCGACCAUAUAGCAGAAAAGAUGACUGACGAGCAAACGAAGCAGGUGUUUACAGAGUUUCUAGCAAGAAAUAAGGAUUCGAGUGGAUACUACAGUAAAAGGGUUAUCAAAGCGAUAAACUACAUGGACAAUCCAGAGGAAUUCUUUCAACAAACUUCCCAACUAUCGCUCACCGUCGACCUCAACGACAUCGAUCGAUCCGUGAUCGUGAAGGAUCUGGAUGGAUAUACUCAGAAAAUUGAUCUCGCGAACAAAAGAAUUCAAUUCACCGCAUCGACGCCAAAGAUCCCGGUUACAAUUAAAGCCAAGAGCACGAAGCUAUUGACCGCAUUGGGAGGGACAUUGGAGAAACACAAAUAUUUAUCUAAGCUAACUAAUCACGAUCGAGCUCGAAUAAAUUACGCUAUUGGUGGAGCGGCUAAUUAUAAACGAGAUUUCAUCGAAGCGGCCGAGACGUUGGCUAACCAACUCGAGACAAAAAUGUCGAUUGGUGCCGGCGAGUUCUUGUCUCUGGUCGAAAUCGUGGCUGCCGAAAAGCGGAAAGACAAAGACAGUGGACAUGUGCGAAAUUUUUUGGAUGCUUAUGUGAUCAACCAGCUCGUCGAGGGAAUCCUUUCGGAUUUGACUACGAUUGAUCAAAUCGAAACUGAAUUAGAUACGCAAGGAAAAGUAUCGUCAAUAAAUCAAAUCACCGCGAUAUAUGAGAAUGGCUUAAAGAAAAUACUGUACCAAUGGACCUUCCUUUUGAAGAACGAUGCCAUGCUAGCAAUCAACUAUUCAAAUGACGGAGUCACCCCUCCGACAAUUAGUACUAUCUUUAAAACUCCUGACGUCUUUAAAGAAUAUGAGAAUCGAUUUUUGAUCAACGAAGAAACUUACAAAGCCUUGCUAAUCAAACUCUGUCAGAGUAUGCAAGGUUUCAAUCUAGAUAUCAGUUCGAUCCCAAAUCCAGCACUGAAAGAAUCCAUGGUAUCUUUAAUCCAAAACGAG